AUGCACGAUGAAAUCUACGCCCACGGUAUUCGUCGCGCUCUUUUGUGUGCGCCAGCUGGCGCUUGGUCAAACAUUGACUAUGUCGCCAUGUGCGGUAUCGAAUGCUUCUGCGAUGAUCGCAAACUAGCGCAGCUCGGCUACAAGUGCUUCGAGCAGAAUUGCACAGUCCGGGAGGCUCUAGUUGCACAUAACAUCACCGCCCUCACAUGCAGCUUCCCUGAUAGAGAUAGGGGCGUGGUCAGUUCAGCCGUGACAUUUACUUCUCUUGCUGUGGCCCUUUCGCUUGUGGUCACGAGAGCCAUCGUUUUUGCGGUCAGCAGAGUCUGGGGGUGGGAUGACAUUGCUACCGGAUUUGCAACUAUUGUUAUGAUUGGCAAUGCCGUGUGUAAUCCUAUAUCACGACAUUAUGGCUACGGAAAAGACAUUUGGAGGCUGUCAUUCAGCCACACCGCGACAGUACUGAAGGUCUUCUUCAUUGGAGGUAUUUUCUACACGCUCGGGGUCGCACUAGUCAAGAUAGCAUUCAUAUGCUUUUAUCUCAAACUCUUCCCAUCCCGUGGCUUUCGCAAGGUUGCGUAUCCUCUACUUGUCAUCUCAAUCCUAUACGGCGGCACCUUCACUUUCUUGUUCAUAUUCCAAUGCAGCCCUAUCUCUUACGCAUGGAUGCAGUGGGACGGAGUGGCGGAGGGGACGUGUCUGAACUUUGACUUGGGCGCCGUUAUCCAUGCCAUUGUCAACAUCUUGCUAGACAUCGCCAUAUUUGCUCUUCCGUUGACCCAACUCUGGGGCUUGAAUCUUUCGCGCAAAAAGAAAAUACACGUUAUGCUCAUGUUUUCCGUUGGUUUCUUGUGA